AUUGACCAAUGGGAUGAGACUAGGUCUAUUUGAACGGUGAAAAGCGGGCUAGCAAACAUUCGAGAGGGAAACAAAGAGGGGUCAACAUCUUACUACUUUUGGACGUAAAAUAACUGGAAUUAGUAACUUUUUCUGAUCAGGCUACUUUGACAAUCAUAUAAGGUCCCCGUCAUGUCUCACAAACAGAUCUACUACUCUGAUAAAUAUGACGAUGACAAAUACGAGUACAGGCAUGUAAUGCUACCCAAAGACAUUGCAAAGCGUGUACCCAAGACCCACUUGAUGUCGGAGACCGAGUGGAGGAACCUGGGAGUCCAGCAGAGCCAAGGAUGGGUGCAUUACAUGAUCCACCAGCCAGAGCCGCACAUCUUGCUGUUCCGGCGCCCUCUGGUAAACCAGCCUAAAGUCAUAAGGGAGAGAAUCGCUGGGUCCUUGGAAGAUCAAUCUUGCUUGUCACAGAUCAACCCAAAAUAGGCAGUAUGCUGUCAGAUUACCAAGCUCUUCUAUGGUAGGUGACUUGUGAUUUAGGCUUAUCAUGUUGGACCUGGAGAAGGACUACCAUAUUUAUGAACAAUGGUUGUGGAAUGGAGUAUGCGUUUGAAGGGGGAAAAAAAAAAA